GAAGUAUAAUGGGUACCAGCUGCUACUCUUCCCUAACCCACUCCAAAACCACCCUCACCCAGCACAACUCCUCCAAAACCCAAUCCAAACCAAUGACAAAUCCCCUCGAAAACCCCCAAAGACACGACCCAUACCCCUUCUUCUGCCGUUGCUACGAGCACAAAGAUUCCGCCCCGAUUACAUUUAAGAAUUUUAAAAUUAAGAAGGGAAAUUUUAAGGCAUAUACGAAUGAUGUGGAAGUGUCUGUGAUUGAUAUUGGGAGUUACGAAGGAGAAUAUUACUUGCAUGAGGGCUUAAAACUUCCUCAUGGUGUGGGGAUAGGCUCUUUUCGUAACUUCCAUCCUAUCCCAGAUAUCAAAGCUGAUGAAUACACCUAUGAUGGAAGCUGGAAGAACGGCCUUAUGGAUGGAAGUGGAGUCCUGAAAUGAAUCUUUUCAGCUUCUGUAUCAGAAUCAGAGCUUGCACAUAGUCAAAGUUGAUAUGAAGCAAUUUAUAAAGGUGAUUUCGAGGCUGGAAAAUUACAUGGCAAAGCCACUAUUGCAAAAAUUGAUAAAAAAUUAGAUGUUAAGUAUGAAAAAGUGAUGCUGAAGAAAAAGUCCAAGAGACCAGACCAAAUGAGCUCUUCGUCAUUUGAUACAGAGAUUAUUGAUAGUUCAAUGAAAAUGUAA